GUUCCGCUCGGGCUUCCGCGGCCCCGGGCUUCCACUCCGGCUUCCGGUUGGGAAGUCUGCAGAAAUGGCUGUGGGUCCCGUGGGCUUGGGGCUAGUGGACUGUCACUGCCAUCUCUCCGCCCCGGACUUUAACAGCGAUCUGGAUGCUGUCUUGGAGAAAGCCAAAAAGGCUAAUGUUAUGGCCCUUGUAGCAGUUGCUGAACAUGCAGGAGAAUUUGAAAGGAUUAUGCAACUUUCAGAAAGGUAUACUGGAUUCAUCCUGCCAUGUCUGGGAGUUCACCCAGUUCAAGAACUUUCACCAGAAAAACCAAGAAGUGUGACAUUAAAGGAUUUGGAUGUAGCUUUGCCUAUUAUUGAGAAGUACAAGGAUCGGUUGUUGGCAAUUGGAGAGGUGGGACUAGACUUCUCCCCCAGAUUUGCAGGCACUGAUGAAGAGAAGGAAGAACAAAGACAGGUCCUGAUCAGACAGGUCCAAUUGGCCAAAAGACUAAAUGUGCCUUUAAAUGUGCACUCCCGCUCAGCAGGAAGACCCACCAUCAACCUCUUACGUGAACAAGGUCCUGCUGCAUGCAUUCGAUGGUCGGCCGUCGGUGGCCAUGGAAGGAGUAAGGGCGGGUUACUACUUCUCAAUUCCACCGUCCAUCGUGAGAAGUGGACAGCGAACUCUCUUCUCUCUAAGAAGCAGAAGCUUGUGAAACAGCUGCCUCUAAGCUCUCUCUGCUUAGAAACAGAUUCACCUGCACUGGGACCGGAAAAACUGACACGGAAUGAGCCCUGCAACAUCUCCAUUUCAGCAGAAUUCAUUGCCCAAGUGAAAGGGAUCUCAGUGGAAGAGGUCCAAGAAGUGACGACACAGAACGCAUUAAAACUGUUUCCCAGGCUUCGGUACCUGCUCCAGAAAUAGCUUCAAACCACCCACUGCCCGGCCAAGUCAGCUCAGGGCCGCACUGGGGAAAGCAAGCGUUGGCUUUAGUGGUCUGACAUGAAGAAGCCGGUGUAUAUGGAUAGCAGUCAUAGUUUUACAGAAAUGUUUCUCUUUAAAACAAAUUCUGGGCCGGAGAGAUGGCCCAGCCACUAAGAGCACUCAUUUGCUGCUCUUCCAGAGGACUCGGGCAGUUCCCAGCACCCACAGUGGGUGGGUUGCAACUGCCUGCAACUCCAUGCAACUCCAGAAGAUGCAGCCCCCCCCCCCCAACUUUGAAUUAGCCAAGUCCUGGAGCAGACUGGAAAAACACCACAGACACGCUAGCUUCCGGAGUUAUUGCCCACUUGAGGGGAGGAAAGCCUCAAGGGACUCCCUCCCCUGCCGCCGCCGCCGCCGCCGCCGCCGCCGCCGCCGCCGCCCCAAUCCUGCUUUCCCCCACUUAACAGUAGGCUUAUAGAAGAUGCUCCAUGGAGUGAGAGAGCAAUGGAAGAGAUAUCUAGAUAGAGGGAGACAUUGUGGGGUAGGGAGAAACCUGGUACUAGGGGAGCUCCCGGGAAUCCACAAGGAUGACCCCAGCUUAGAUUAUUAGCAGUGGUG